AUGCCGACAACUUCCGCCCACAAAAGACCGAGGAGUCGCAGCGCGGAAAGGAGGGAUGGCAUCAGACCGCCCACCCCAGGGACCAAGCGUUCCAUCAGUGGAGCCUCUCCCUCCCACUCCCCUUCCUUGUUCCCUUCCCCACCCUCGAACCCACAUGGCGCGGGGGCUUCUGGUAAACCCACAGGGCCCCUCCACCAUAACUUCAAGGCCAACUUCAACGACCACUUCGAGACGACAAUCGAAGCGCUGCGGGAUCUCCUGCCCGUCGUGCAGGAGCUGCGCCGGCUCACCCGGCCCUCCGCCCCGGAGCGUUUCGUGCUCUACGACCCGUACUACUGUGCCGGGGCCAUCCCCGGGCUCUGGCGGGACCUCGGCCUCCCCCAUACCCUUCAUGAAAACCGUGACUUCUACGCUGACAUCGCGCGGGACACGGUGCCUGGCCCGUACGAUCUCCUUGUCACAAACCCCCCAUUUAGUGACGACCAUCUCCCUCGCCUGCUUGAGUUCCUCGCGCGGGGGCGGGACGAGACACGGGGGAAUCGACAGCGGCCGUGGGCUUUCUUGGCCCCGGAUUACAUCGCGGCGAAGCCGUGGUAUCGGGCGUGGGUGCGAGACCAUUUCGAGGCUGCUGGGGGGGGGAACCGCAACCCCGAUUCGGACGGGGCCCCCGGUGCUCUUAAAAAAGCACAAAUCACCCGUUUUGAGGCGCCGCCCUUCCUGAAAGCAUCUCAAGCAGACGAAGUGGUCGACGGGGUGCCUCAAGAGGGUGCCAAUGGGGUGUGCCACACGGUGGGGGGGAGCCCGGUUUGUACUAAGCUAGGUCCUGAGCCUUUCUACAUCGUGCCCAAGGGGCGGUACGAUUUCAAGCAUCCACUUAAUGCCGGGCAUGAGCAUUCCCACUUCAAGUCGAUGUGGUAUGUUUGGAUGGGGUCGCGGACAUCAGAGAUCAUCCGCGCUGCUAAAAUUGAGUUGCUUAAGACGUCUACCUCAGGUUCGUCUGCGACUGUAGUACAUGGACUUCAGGCACUCGACGAAGGCCAAUACGUUUCAGCAACUGAAAAGCGCCUCAAUCCACGGCAGAGAAAACGGAUAUACACUAAGAGGAUAUAG